GCGCAGUGGGCAGAAGCGAUUUGCGCUGUGAUUAAUCCAGACAGAUGGUGGCCUCGAAGGAGCCUCAAUCCUCUUACCCAAAGCCCCUUAAUAUUUCCGCCACGCGGGUCACCUCCAGGCCUCUCCUGCUGCGGGCGGCCACCAUGCCGGGGCUGGCGGUCGAGGAGGGGAUGGAGGGCUGGAGCCCGGCCCCGCCGCUCUACGAGGAGUACCGCCCGCCGCCCCUGGAUGCCAUCCGCCUGCCCAGGUAUGUGCUGUACCUGCUGCUCGCGGCAUUCCUGGUGGUGGCCGUGGCCUACGCCAUUGUGGGGCAUCUCAUCAAGGACCUCGCCCACGACCUGGCCGACUGGGCCUUUGGCCCGAAGCCAGACCAGGAGGACGCCCCCCAGGAGCUGCGCCCGAGCCUGGAGGGGGAGGAUCUGGAGGAGCUCGAUCUGCAGCUGGCCCUGGCCUGGCGGGGCGACGAGGACCCUGGCGGGGGCACGGACGCAGCCCCCGCGGAAGCCUCCGCCCGGGCUCCCCGCCGCCCUUCGAUUGCCUUCAAGGACCCCCCUGGCCGAAGCUCCUUCUGGAGGCUGAACUGAGCUGGGGCCUGCCCUCUGGCCCGGGCCCCGGGUUUGAACCCCUCUGGCGGUUGUGUAGCCUGGACUUGGGCGCCCAGGACCCCUUGUUCCACUGAUCUGCCCUCUCUUGGCACAGAAUAUUCUCGUUCUCGGCGGGCAGGUCUCCCAGUGGUUGGCACUUCCCGCCUGCUUCCCCCUUAGCCCCAGAGCCUGAUCCCGCCCGGCCUCCACCAAGAAGAUGUUUUUAAAAGAGUGAUAAUGGUGGCUAACCGUGA